UGUUCGCCACACGUUUAAUCAAAAUCUAAAGCUGGUCUGCAAAAUUAUUUCCGGCGAGAACAAUCAAAAAUCCUCAGGCUAUUUUUCUCAGCGAAAAGGAAAUCAAUGGAUCAAGAAUCAUCUCAGUGUCCCUUCGUUGCCGAAAGCAUCAUCCAAAAAUGCCCUUUCCUGAGAAACAUCAACAAGCCUACCAAUUUUUCCCUCUCCUCCUUGAGUUUUCCAGUUCCUGUGCAAAGAGGUACUAAAGGUCCAAUCUUUGAGGAUGGUCCUGGAUUUGAUUCAGCAUUCAACCUCUUCCAUGGAAAAGAUGGACUUGUGCCGCUCUCUGGACAUUCAAGUUUCAGAGAUGAUGUCGAAGACGAGACUCCUCGUGCCACUCCGCAAUUCAAUCCUCUUGCAGGAAAGGUCGCUACCAUAAGCCUAUCAGCUUUUGGUCCUAAUGGACCUUUUGGCUUUGGUCCCUUCUCAGAGAAAUGGAAGAAACAACAGAAGAAACCGAAACAACAGUCUGGGGACUCAUCGAAACACGAAGCAGUUGGAGACGAAUGGUUAAAAACCGGGAACUGUCCCAUCGCCAAAUCCUACAGAGCUGCAAGCAAAGUCAUGCCCCUUGUGGCUAAAGCAUUACAGCCACCAUCUGGUAUGAAAUUUAGAUGUCCAGCUCCAAUAGUAGCUGCAAGAGCUGCACUUUCCAAGACCGCUUUGGUUAAAAGCCUUCGACCUCAGCCUUUACCUGAAAAGAUGCUCGCGAUCGCUCUCAUGGGGAUGGCUGCGAACGUGCCUCUCGGAGUUUGGAGAGAACACACCAAAAAGUUCUCGCCUUCAUGGUUUGUGGCGGUUCAUGCUGCUGUGCCUUUUAUAGCAAUGCUUAGGAAGUCUGUGCUGAUGCCUAAAACAGCCAUGGCUUUGACCAUUGGAGCUUCGAUCUUGGGACAGGUGAUUGGGUCGAGAGCUGAACGUUACCGUCUCAAAUCGGUAGCUGAGGGAACAGUUGCUGAAACAUCUACUGUUACUGCUGGUUCUGGAUACAACCAGAGCAGCUCUAGUGAUUCAGGCUUUGCUAAAGGACAUUGUGGUGCAGGGGAAGGAGUCAAGGAGGUUUAUUACAAUGUGAAUGUUGGAGAAUCUGCUAAACCAACUGGACUCUGUUAUUGAUAUAUGUUCCUUAUUAAAAACCAACAUGUUACUAUGUGAGGAUUGGAUGUGUUAUGUGUGGGAAGGUUUUGUAAUUCAGUGAAUUGUGUAAACCAGUACAAUGGUGUCGUUUUAUCCCUUUAAAUUUGUCGAAAUAAAAGGUGAAUAAUUCCCCAGUAA